AUGAAUCCAGACGUGCAGAUAAGUGAAUCCAGCAACGGCAUCCUGGACCGUGUGAUGAAGUUUUUCGUUGAUAAUCAAGAUGAGCGCACGAAGGAGUGGUUCCUGUCCGGAUCGAUCACCCCCCUGAUCAUGAUCCUCGUGACGUACCUGUACUUCUGCCUGUACGCUGGCCCGCGCUAUAUGGCGAAGCGAAAGCCCUUCAAGCUGGAGAGUGUGCUGAUUGCGUACAAUGCGGUCCAGGUGCUGCUCAGCAUCGUGUUAGUGUAUGAAGGUAUUGAAGGCGGUUGGAGGAAACAUUACAAUUACUCCUGCCAACCCGUGGACUACAGCCGAAACCCGGUAGCAAUGAGGAUGGCUCGUGCCGUUUGGAUGUACUACAUGUGCAAGGUCGUGGAGCUGCUCGACACGGUGUUCUUCGUACUGCGGAAGAAACAGAACCAGGUUUCGUUCCUGCACGUCUACCACCACACCCUGAUGCCAGUCUGUGGCUUCAUUGGCGUCAAGUACUUUGCCGGGGGUCACGGUACGCUGUUGGGCGUCAUCAACUCGUUCAUCCAUGUCUGCAUGUAUGCGUACUACAUGCUGGCCGCAAUGGGCCCAAAGGUUCAAAAGUAUUUGUGGUGGAAACGUUAUCUGACCGUAAUGCAGAUCAUUCAGUUCAUAAUCGUGUUCUUCCACACCGUGCAAGUGCAGUUCCAGCCGAACUGUGCCUACCCAAAAUCAAUUGCCGCCCUGCUCACACUGAACGCCGGCCUGUUCAUCUACAUGUUCAGCUCGUUCUACGUACACUCGUACAUCCGCAAAUCGAAUGCGGCGGCGGCGGCGAAGCGCACCGCAAAGGCCGGCGAGGAAAACAACAACCAGUUGGAGUGCAAACCAAAGGACACCGUGGAGGUGAACAGGCGGCCUGCGGUGGAGGUGACGGGCGAGUUCAAGAAGAACCUGUAG